AUGUCGGAGGUCUGGAAUAUUGUGGGCAUUUUGGAUACAAGAUGUAGGUACAAGAUCGUGAUUCGGCGGCCAUCUUCGGCCGACUUCGUGUGGACGGCCUAUACGAUGCAGUUCGAUUCGAGUGUGUGGGCCGUGGCUUCGGUGGUGCUGGGCGUCCUGGCGGUGGCGCUGUACGUGGUCUGUCGCUGGUCCGAAGCCGAGGUCACGCUGUCUGCUCUCGACACGGUUGAGACGGUUGUCGGGUGCAUGCUCGGACAAGGAACGCAAGCAGAAGUGAAGUCAACCUCGGGCCGUCUGCUUCUGCUGACCAUCUUGAUGCUCCAGGUUCUGCUGAUGACCUACUACACCAGCGGUCUCACUGCCGGCCUGGCUUUGGGCCCCCCCCUCCCCUCCGUCAGCACUAUUGAGGACAUCAGCAGCAACCCGAGACUGACGCUGGGGUGGCGCAAGGGCGCUGCACACGGGGAGACGUUCAGGAUGUCAACCAUUCCUGCCUAUCGGAAGAUAUGGGACAAGGUCGCGGCAAACGACAUGGAAGCCCUCAUACUCACCAUGGAGGAGGCAGAGGCUCGCGUCCUGAGCAAGCCUUACCUCAUGAUCGCCAGCGAGAUCUCUAUCCUUCACACCUUCGGCCAGGACUGCCGCAUUUACAUCCUCCCGAAUUCCUUCUUCCCGAAGCAGCGGUCCUUCGUCCUCAGGAAAGGGUCGCCGCUCAUCCCCAUCCUGAACAAAGUAAUGCUAGACAUGUGGUCGACGGGCCUCAUCAACAAGUGGUGGACGAAGUGGGCUCCUGCCGUCAAGGACUGUGAGCAGCUGGAGACCAAAGCUGUCGAGUUCAAGACGCUGCUGACCAUCCUCAUUGUCCUGAGCGUCUCGCUGGCCCUCUCCCUGGUGUUCCUGCUGGCGGAGACGUUCGUGUGGAGGCGCAGGAGGGCCGGCCAGGCAGUGUUGGGCCUCCUCCACAGGAUGGAUUUGCCGUUGAAGAAUUAGUUUAGGGUUUAGUGGUGAUGGUGCGGCGUUAUCUGUGGCGACAACAUGAAAGGCGAUAAAACUGCGGUUAUUUUGACUAUGCAUGUAACAUCAGCGAUGCUAGUGAUAGCAAGAAAAACAAUAGAUGAAUAGAUACUACGUAGAUAAAUACAUAGAUAGAUAGAUAGAUA